AAACUUCUGCAAAAAUAAUUCAAUUUACAUCAGACAAGCGAAAAUGGGUCAGAAUUUCAACAAAUUCCUCAGUCCCACGACUCAUAUAAUCCGUGUGAGAACCGGGGAUAAAAAAAACGCCGGCACAGAUGCAGAUAUCAGCGUCCGUUUCCAUCAUGAAGGAGGCGAGAGCAGCCCGUUGUUUAAGUUGGACGUUUCGUACAGCGAUGACUUCGAGAGAGGCCAAGUAGAUGAGUUUAAGCUAUGUGAGAACGAUGUUAGCGCUUCUUCGUUGAGCAGUAUUGAGCUGGUUCGAGGCCACGGCGGCCUCGGUUCGGAUUGGUUUUGCGACUACAUCGAAGUCGUUGACAACCGUAUCAAGAAAGCUUACAUCUUCCCGGUCCAUCGAUGGAUCCAUGGCGGGCGUUCCCUUUACAUUCAUCUCUUUGACGCCGUUCUUCCAAAGGAUGAUGCUCACCGAGAUCAGAGGAAUAACGAGUUGGUGGUGAAGAGGACGCAGUACGAGUACAUGGCACAGGUUCCUGGGCUACCAGUUCAGGUGAAAAAUUUUCCCGAGGUCGAGGCAUUUUCGGAUGAUUAUAAGCAUCGCUUUGAUGGGAGUGUGAAGAAAAAUAUUCUAACCACUUUGUUAAGGGCGCUGUUUUCAUCUUCAUCAAUUGAAACUCUCAAGCAAUAUGAAUCUACCUUCAAGUUAUUCAGCCCACUCGGAAAACCAUCGUCAAUUGCCCAUUGGCGAGAGGAGAAGUAUUUUGGAGCUAUGAGAGUAAUGAGCUGCAACCCAUGUGUCAUCGAAUUGUGCACCAAAAUACCAGAGAAGUUCGGUGUUACUGCAGAAAUGGUGGAACCCUUUCUCGAAGGAAUGACCCUUUUUGAUGCGAUGGCAGCUAAGAGGAUCUACCUGACUGAUCAUAAGGCUUUGCUAGGUAUUGAAGGGAAUAAGAAAUUGCACAAGGACUUGCAGUUGUGUCAGCCUCUUGGUCUAUUCUAUGCGACCAAAGAUGACGAGAUGAUUGCAAUCGCCAUCCAGCUGUACCAGGAAAAGGGAGAUAAGAAUCCAGUGUUUCUUCCGAGUGACGACGCUAACCUGUGGACGAUGGUGAAGCUUUGGUACAACAUGGCGGAUUCCAAUCAUCACCAAGCUGAGACCCAUCUAGGGAACACCCAUCUGAAAGCGGAAGGUGUAAGCAUUUGUACUCACAGGAAUCUGUCGCCGUCGCAUCCAGUCUUCAAGCUCCUCGCGCCGCACUUCAUGCACAUCAUGGCUAUAAACAGAGGAGCUUUAGAAAGUCUCAUGGCUGAAGAAGGCCUUUUCAACACAUUAUUCUCUAUCGGCUUGGACGGAGUGUGGACAUUGUUAAAGGGGACCGACAGCUUCCGUCUAAACGUCGACAGUCACUUACCAAACGAUGUGAAGGCCCGUGGGAUGGACGACCCCAAGGUAUUGAGAAACUACCCAUACCGUGAUGACGCUAUGCUCUCGUGGAACGCUCUUCACAAAUAUGUAAAGAGUACAGUAGCAAUUUACUACGAGAACGACACGAUUGUACAGGAAGAUCAUGAGAUACAGCAAUGGGGCAAGGAAUUGGUAGCUCCUGUUUGCGAAGGCGGAAUUGGAAUGAGAGGCGUCCCGGGAAACGGAAAGUUCCAAACCGUCGCAGACCUGGUCGAAACUAUCACCUGCAUCAUCUACCUCUGCAGUGUGAAGCACGCGGCGGUCAAUUUCUCGCAGUACGAUGAGUACGGAUUUCCCGCUACCCGUCCGUCGCACCUGAUGGGAGAACCGCCUAAGAAUAAGGACCCACUCACUGAAGGACAGCUAUUGGCGGCGCUUCCCGAUAAACUGAAAGGUUUAACAUUGGCUGCAAACGUGAAAGUCCUAUCCCUGAGAGCUACGCAACCACUUGGGUAUUUUGAGACGACCUAUCUGUACGACCCAAGGGCACUGGAAAUUGCCAGCGAUUUGCGUGAGGACCUCUUGAAAGCAAGCCUGGUCAUCAAGGAGAGAAACAAGACGAGGAAAUACCUGUACGACAUCUGUGAUCCAAUUUUCAUGCCAAAUUCUAUCAGCAUUUGAUCAGCUUUAUCAAUCAUUACGGACACUAUGAACCAAGCGGACAUUUUGGACCGACAUGCAGUAUGUUAAGUUGAAAAAUCACUUUUGGUAAAUGCAACAAUCAUAUAUUUUGUUUCUAACACUACUUGGAUACACGGGCCGAAAGCUCAAUUGUUAUAACUGACCGAAAUGUGAGGGAGAUUUGACAAUACCGCGUAGUAUAAAUAACUAGAAAUUUACCACAGGUCUGGAGAGCUUGAAACACUUAAUAUAAACAUAAAUAAGAUUAUAUCAAUCUAUCCCAAUCAUAUAAUCUAUCCUGAAGAUUAUACUAUUCUAUGUAUAAUGAUACACUAAUCAAUCCACCUGUAUAUUUGAUUUCUCCCAAAGAUUACUAUGAUCGAUCCUAGAUUUUGAAUUAGUUUAUUUCAUGGAUUGAUAAUAAGAUAUUAUCUGAUAGGUCCUUCCCAGUAGCUUCAUUUCAGUCCGUUGCUUGGGUACACUCGCUCGCGCAGUUUGUUGGAUGGAUGUUUCAACAAUGCGCCGACCAAGCGCAAUCAUCGGCCGGGCUACUGAUCAUCCCCGUCCACGAGAUUUCAAAUCGACGAUCCGGACAAAAAUGAUUUAUAGAUCAGUCUAUACGACACCAAGGACAGAAAUUGCCAGAUGCUUUUUAAUCAAGGUUUAGUUUUGGUGGAGUUUUCGGAUUAUUUGUGUUAACGCAGUAUUAAUACAAGCCAGAUAAUGCUUACCAGUAAUCAAUAAAAACUCGUUUCAAAAGUA